AUGAAAUUGAAAAAGGAGCGACAGCAAAUAAAAGAUUUAAAUGAGGAAAUGAGCCGUCGACUAGAACAGAGCAGUCGACAAACCCAGCAGCAGCAACAACAACUUUGCGACCAGCCACCACUGAAUGAAAGUCAUUUUACCAAGACCCUGGCAACCAACUGUGCUGGUGGUCUGAACAACGACCUCCUCCUCAGUCUGCGGCUGCGAACUGGUCAGAAGUCACUCGGUGACUUUAGAGAACGGACCGCAGACCGGUUACUGGAUCAGGAUGCUGGUUCAGACUCGAGGGGCGACAGUCUCACGAGGCCUUAUCCUACACCACCUGUGGAGUCCUCAUCAGUUUUUGAGGGGAGAAGACUUAAGUCGAUGUUGCUACCUUCAUAUGAACCCCAGAACGGUCUCCUCACGGCACGCCAGAAUGGAGUUGAAAUGGAAGACCAUUCCAUCGACCACGGAGGUCGGGUCUCUUAG